UUUAUCUUUAGGCGAGUACCUACUCGGAAGCGACUUAUUAAAAAACAUUUCCAUAAAGAUUAAAUAUCAACGUGUAUCGUACAAUAUAUUACUCCUGAGCACGUGGCCCCCCGCAAGAAAGACUAGAAUUUUGUAGUGUAUUGUUAUUAAUAAUGAUAUAAAGUUUGUAUUAUGUUAAUUUUAAGAAAGCAUUGUGGAGUGAAAGAAGAUGUAGUUUCAAAUAAUGAGAAAGAUAGUUUGCAUAUACAGAGCUACCGCGGUCGAAAGCCCACUAGUGCAACGACUCCCUUAGGAGGUGGUAGUAGUUUGGUCUCUCCCGAAACUAAUGGCAGUUCUGUAGUGGCAACCACGGUGCAACCUUCUUCGAGACCCAGCCCCCAACCGACGCAAAUUCAACAGCCGAUGCCCGUCCAGCAACAGCCGAUGACUCCAAUGCCUUUCUACGCAGAUCCUAACAGAUUCCCUACUCCAGUAUGGCAGGCAGAUCCUUCCCAAGGUUGGACGCAAGGCCAAUUUAUCCAACAAAUACCCGCCACAGGUCAACCCAUCGAAACUUAUCAACAGUAUCCGAAUGGCAUAUACCAAGCUACGUAUCAACAACCCGCAUUCGAAACUAACACUUUUUAUACAGGAGCUGUUCAAGUGCUAACGAAUUCCAGGCCGGCUAGUACGCCCAAUCAGCAAGUACAGUUAGCACCAGCCCCUCGACCGAAUUCGAAUUAUUCUCAUACUCCAAGCCCCAGUCCCGUUCAACAGCAAACGAACAGUGGACGGCAGUAUCAAGAAUAUAAUAUUGCUCAACAAUCAGGCAACCAGCAACAAUCUUCACAGCAAAAUUUUAUCCAGUCAGGUUCUACAUCGACUGUUAACGAAAGUUCUCAGACCGGUAAUAAUUCCAGACCAGGAUCGGUGAACACAAUCAUGAAUCCAUCGACUCCCAACCAGAAUUUCAGUCCUCAAACUCAGCAUCAUCAGCAACAGCAGCAACAACAGCAACAGCAGCAACAACAACAACAAAAUCAAGCUUCUCAACAACAAACCAAUAACACCUACACUUCUAUUAGUAAUUUCAGUCCCAAUCCUUCAGGAAAUUACGUAAAUGCUAAUUCGGGAAACGCUCAGCCUGGGUAUCCGCAGGUGAACAGCAGCAGUCCGCAGCUAACUUCACACAACUCUAGUGGUUACCCAGGCCAGGACCAGUACAGCGGACAGGAGCACGACCAAUGGCAGAACGACGGACAAAUGAUGUGGGAACAACAAGUCAAAGUGGAGAAUACCUAUGAACAUCAAGAGCAACAAAACCAAUACAUGCAAGAAGUCAACAAUUCCCCAACCAAAAUGGACAAUAUGCAUAAUAACAUUCAAGCAGACAAAUCAUUUUCACAAGCGGAUAAAGUUAAUCUCAAUACCAGGAUAAAAACGAUGAUAUUAAAUAAACAACAAGAGAAUAUCAAAAUGGAAGAAUCAAAAGCAGUGGAACAAAAUUCGACCGGUCAUUUUUUAUCGUAUAGCCACCAUCACCACUUAAAAAAACCUUUAGGUGAUGAUGGUGGCUUUCAGAAUCGCUACGAUUCUAAACGACAUUUAAAUCUUCCACAACAGACUCUUAUUAAUGCACAUAAUAACCCUUUAGACCUACGUAGAUUUGCUCAAAUAAAAAAUGAAAAUUACGAAGUUACUGACAAACAUCGUAUGUUUACAAAUAAUUUAAAUGAUAUUAAUUCGAAUUUUCCAAAUCCCUACGCAGAUAAAAAUAAAGAUUACUCUUUGGAUCAGGCAUCUAGUCAUAAAUAUGUUGGACCAAUUAAACAGAGGAACAUUUCGGACAAGACUCGACAGGCAACUACCAAAGGAAAACGAAUUUCGACACCUUUGAAACCAAAAGCUGUCCAAUCUCCUGACAAAUAUAAUAAACAAAUUGGAAUGGAAAUACCAGAGUGUCAGUGCUUACUAACGGAUCAAGCUUAUCCAGAACCUGGUACAUAUUAUACUCACUUAGGCUGUGCUAAUAAUUUAAAAAGUUUAAGACAUGAUCUAGAAUGUAGAACUGGAGUUACUGGCGUUUCCAUAAGAAUAGAGAAAUUAAGAUACACUGGAAAGGAGGGAAAAACUUCACAGGGAUGUCCGAUCGCUAAGUGGGUUAUACGCCGCCAGGAUGAAAACGAAAAGUACCUGGUACUUGUGAAACAACGAAAAGGCCACAAUUGUCGUUCCACGUUUAUUGUAAUUGGACUCGUAGUUUGGGAUGGCGUGUCUCAAGGAAGUGCCGACGAGCUCUAUUCCCUUUUAACGGAGAAACUGAACAAAUUUGGACUUCCCACGAAACGUCGUUGUGCCACCAACGAUCCAAGAACUUGCGCCUGUCAAGGUAUUAAUGAAGACAGUUGCGGUGCAAGCUUUACUUUUGGAUGUUCCUGGUCGAUGUAUUACAACGGUUGCAAAUUUACACGAUCAAAAGAAGUUAGAAAGUUCCGUUUGUCCGAAAAAAACGAGGAAGCAAUAGUUGAAGAAAAACUGCAAAAUUUAACAGAUCAUAUCGGUCCUAUCUAUCGUUUACUUGCUCCGGAGUCCUUUAAAAACCAAUGCCGAUUUGAAAGUAUCGCAUCAGAUUGCCGAUUAGGAAGAAACUCUGGUAGACCAUUUUCCGGAGUUACGGCAUGCAUGGAUUUUUGCGCACACGCGCACAAAGACAUGCAUAAUAUGAUUGACGGUUGCACUGUUGUUGUUACUUUAACGAAGCACAAAGGUUUGGAGAAACCUGCUGAAGAGCAGCUUCACGUUCUACCACUCUACGUGCCAGAGGAUACUGACGAAUUUGGGAAAAAUCAAAAUGAAAAAGUGAUAAACGGAGGGAUAGACGUUUUGGAAAAAUACUCGUGUGAGGUACGCACCUCUUCGACACCAGCCGAAAAGUGCGUGGUUAGACGAACCAAAAAGAAAAAAGAUGCGGAAGGAAAGCGACAGAAAAAAAAGAAAUCUCUGACACCAGAACAUUCAUUUCAGUCCCCAUCAAAUACCUCGAUGAACAUUCAAAAGAGCAAUGAAGUACAAAACAGUCAAGUUUCCAGUACGGUAUUAGAUUAUCCUAAAAAAUCUAUUGGGAGGUCCUUAUCAAGAAACCACGCCCUUUGUGUAUCCAGACAAAUCCUGAGACGCAUUUGCUUCCAGAUAAUUAUUUUUGUCCUUGUCGCAAGACUGCUUAAUGAUUACUUUCCUAGUUUAUUUGGAAUUAUUCCGUUGUAUCCGACCCGGAAGAGAAAGUUCUUAAAUGAAAACGAAAAAUUUUGGAAGCAGUUAAAUGUUAGAAUAGCUUGAUACCAAGUAAAUCUCUUCAAAAGACUGAUCAAUCAUAAAAAUUAACAAACCCGACACGGUUUUUAGAAUGUCUCUUCUGGGAAAUCAAUCAAGACAAAAAAACUGCCUACAGUAAAUCAGAAAUAAACGAUUGCGUUUGACUUAAUCGUUAAAAGCAAUGGUUAAUUUCGAUAUUAUAGAAUAAUAUGAGUGCCUCUGAUCUCGAACUAAUAGUUAUACAAAAAUAAAUACAAAGUACAAAUAAAUUUUAAGUCUUUGCUAAUCUAAACAGUAACCGAUCGUACCAAAAAAUCUAAUUUUAUUAGUUUGAUAAGUAAAACAUAUUCUGCACAAUUUUCUAACUGAAUUUUUUAUAUUGCGGAUUUUUAUCACGGUUGCGAUUUUUUAUAUUCUACAGAGUCACAUCGAAGCCAAUAAAAAAGGAAAGAGGUAAAAUAUAGAUAAGUAGAUAGUUGGUGAACAUAUUUCCGCAAAUAUAUGCUUCUGACAUUCUAGUAAUAAAUGUCAAUAUUUGGUUAGCUGAAAAAUGAUCGAAAGUCGAAAGGUCGAAGGGAAAAAUGAUCAAAUCGAAUAGAUCAAAAUUAUAAAUGGUCGAAAGUACAAAACAUCGAAAAUUGAAAUGAUCGAAAACAUAAUUAGCCGAAAUUAAAAAUAGUCGUAAAUUCAAUUGAUCAAAAGUUAAAAUGAUCGAAAAUACAAUUAUUCGAAUGUAAAAAAUAUAUAAAUAAAACGAUAAAAAGUGAAAACAAUAACUAAUUAACCUAACCUGUACGGCUUGGAGCCUUUACUACAAAAAUUUUUUACAUGAAAGGACAAAAAUAAAAAUAUUGACUAAUUUAUCUAACCUGUGCGACCUGAACUUUUACUGGUUGGGUAAUUUAACAGUUUUUUUUUUUUAAUUAUUUUCUGUAAACAUUUUUUGAGAAAUAACCUGCGAUAGCGCAGUUUUAAUCGGGCUCCAGUUUGCUGGAAUUCUAUUUCGAUAUGCAGCGCUAUUUUAAUAAACGCUAUUCGGCCAGGCGCUGUUUCGUUGCGCGUUAUUUUGAGUAAGCAACAACUAAUUUACCAAUUUUGUAAUUUAAUACCUUCGAUCUUAUACACCAUUUCGAUCAUAUAUCAUUUCGAUUUAGUACUUUCGAUUAUGAUUUAGAUCAUUUGAAAUUUUGAUUAUAUGCGAUUUCGACCAUUUGUUCUACUAUCGAUCUUUUUUAGGUUCGAUCUUUUGACUUUUGAUCAUUUUUCCACUCAUUCAAUAUUUUAAUCUCUAAAUAUGCGUGAUAUAAGGGAAGAAAGGGCAUAGUAUUACACAAAAAAAAAAAUAUUAUUUAAACCUUAAUGUAUGUUAUAUUUUGUUACAUAAAGUGCUGAAUGGGUUCCGACAGGGACCGCGUCCAUUUUUUAUGGAAACAUGUCACUUUUAUCAUAUUAAGUAUCAAAUAGGAUCUUGCUAAUGUAUCAAGGGAAAAAUGUACCAAUAUUUACCAAGUGAUCCACACAUUCCUUUUUAAAUAAAAAUUCGUCUUGGGGCGGGGGUAACCGGGAUCGUAAAAAACAUAAACAUAGAAAUAUGCAUAGUUUAUUUCUUUUCCAACAUUUCUUGAGGAUGCUCGCAAUCGUAGCAUGUUGUGAACCUUAACAUCUCUUUCGUAAUAAGAAAAUUAUGACACUUAGAGACAUUAGAAAGAUAUGUUCUUUUUAUUAAGUCUGAAAAGGAAAAUGUUUCGAAAAAAUGUUGAAAAUAAUAUUUUUCCUAGUAAGUUUUCGAAGGAUUUUAAUUCUAAUAUAAACUCUUCAACAUCUAAAGGGUUGUUGAGUGUACCAGAACAGAGGGCUUGGAGUGAGUGUCUUGUAGUAGACUCAAUCGAAGAUUGUGGAGUAGAAUGUAAACGUGGCUCCAAUUCAAUGACAAAAGAUGGCUGUGGUCUUUGUGUAACAGCCGACGUCAAAAAACCAUCGUAUCUAUAGAUAUCCCUACUUAGUAGUCAACUUCCGGUACAACUGAAUCCAUUCACGAUAUUAUUGGAAGUGAAUGUUAAUGGAUACACUUUACCAAGCUAACUAGCAACUUCAUCACUGAUUAUGGUCUUUCCAGGAUUCAUGCACAUCCCAUCAUUGCAAAUUUUAUUGAAAUUUGUCUUUGCUUUUCAAAAAUUCUAAAAAAUCAAUGGUUAUGUGUGACUCGUUUUUCUCCAGUAUGAGAAGUGAGGGCGCCUCUUUAGCAGCUUCUGCAAAACGUUGUAAAUAUGUUAAAAUGUCCAUGAAAACUUUUCUAUUGACCCAGCCAGUUUUUGUACCCAAACCUUUAUCACCCGGAGGUGUUCCUGUUAACAUUCGAACUUUAAAAUGUACGCUUUAGAACACCAAAAGAAAUGAACCGAAUUUCCGGUUGCAUUAAUGAAACAAGUGGGCACUAAUACACAUCUUCCACCAGAUGUUUUUACAAAAACGACAUAAUGUCCAAAAAAUUUCAAGAAACACAAAAAAUAUUCUACUAGGCUUAAUAGACUUUGCUAAAACGCUCUAUAUUUGAGAGUGAAUAUUUCUGUUUCUGUUUUACUUUUGUAGGAAAUCGCCAUUUGUGCCGGAAAAUACAACAAUUGGCCACGAAUUAUCACAACUCACUCGGGAAUUUUAGGACUUGUGUUAUAUUUGAAAGAAAGUCAUCAAUAAUUUGUUUCAAGCCUUGUCAGGGCUGUUUCAUCCAAAGUUUACUAAUGGAAAUUUAUUUUAUGUUUGUAUAAAUUAUUAUAAAAUUCGUUGACUGUAGUUUGAUUGCAAUUUAUUGCACGCAUAUGACUUGAGGUUUCAGACUUGAGGCCUCAGACUUGGUGCCUCAGACUUGGGGCUUCAAACUUGGGAACUCAGACUUCCUAAGUGAUAGCUGUGGGUGACGCUUUAUAUAACCAAUCUAUUCCAGCUUGUUGACUUAGUUGACUUAGUCCAUGGUGCAUUUUGCAAGUCUUCAAAACAUCCUCUAAAUCUUUAGGAAAUAUUUGAUUCUUUUCAUAAUUUGACUCAAACCUGAAAUUGGCACUUACCUUCUUUUGAACAUAUAUAUUUGUCCACAUAUGUAGAAAAUUUUCAGAUGCGGCAACUGAUCUGAUUUGUCAUUAUUUACAACUUUCCAUACUGCAUGCUUCAUUGUUUCUCCGUCAAAUCUGGCUAUUUUUGUCCUAUUCAUUUCGGUUUAGCACUAUUUUGAAUAUUUUCUGUAAAUAAUAUUGAAGAAUAAUUGUUCAAGAAAUUCGCAAAUCAUCAUCAUCAUUCUCGCGGUUUAAAUUUUUUUAACACUUUCACUACCACCAAUAUUUUGCUUGCGUUUAUCCCAAGCCAACUGCAAUAACUUUUGAACCACUAGGAAUUUUUUGGGGAUUCAAGUAGCUACACAUUCAGUUUGAUCUUCUGAACAAGAUUCCGCCAUUUUGUUUUAGAACCACUAAACUGGCCGCUGGUCCAUAGUAGUCAUAGACACUUUGGCAGACCGACGGCCAUUAUAGUGGUCUCAAGGAACUUAAAUAAAAUUGAUUUAUUUAUUAUUUAUUUGAAAUAAACUUCUACAAAGUUCUACAAAAUAAAACAAAUAUUACUUCUGAGACAGAUGAAGGUGCCAUUCUGCAAAACACGGCGUAACACAUAAUCCAGGUUGAUCUUCACAUUGCGGGCAAUAAUACUUUAACCUCUUUCUUACAUUUCUUUUCGAGUACCACCUGCAUCUUUUCAUAGUAUUAUUUUCUCCAACAUUUUCAGCCGGAUAGUGGUGUGACUGGAAAUCUGUGGCUCGUGGCUUCGAAAAUUGUUUUGGUGUGAGUUCGUUCAAAAUUUCUUCUCAAAACUCUAAAAGGGUUUUAUUUGUUUGGUGUUUUUUUUUGUUGUAGACGAAACAACAAAAAAUAUUUUUCGAUACAAUUUUAUUGUCUUUCUUGGACUGGAAUAAUAUGACAUCAUCUGGUCGGCUGUGUCAAUUCCCGACAUAUGGGCAUUAUAAUCUAGAACACACUGUGGUUUUAGUUUGUGACUAGUGGUUACCAUUCUCUCAUCUUUCCAUUUAGUUACAGCAGUUUUUCCAUUGCGUUUCCAGAUAGCUUCCCCUAUUUUUAGCUUCUUGUUUAUCAUUUUUUUGGGAUUUCUUUUUCUGUUAACUCUCAAAGUACCAAUCAUUCCAGUAUUUUGCGGGAGCAAAAAUUCGGCAAGUGAGACACUAGUAUAAAAGUUGUCUACAUACAGUAUGUGACCUAUGCCCAAAUAACUUUCCAAAAGUUGUUUCACAACCGAUGUAGCAUGAGACUCAUUUUUGUCGGCCAAUGUUCCCUUACCCACAUAAACAAUUAUAUUUAGGAUAAAUCCACUAUCAGUGGUUAACUCGUAGAGUUUGAUGCCAUAUUUAUGUCUCUUGUUGGGUAUGUAUUGGCGAAAACUCAGUCUUCCUCGCCAUAAUAUCAUUGCCUCAUCAAAUCUCAAAUGUUGCCCUGGAGUGUAAAUGGAUUUUAUAUUUGAAAGUACUUUUUCCAAAAUUGGUCGUAUUUUGAAGAGACAAUCUGCGGUAUUAGCAGUAGAAUGAUUAACAAACCUCAACAUUCUCAGAAUGUCCGAAAAUCUAUUCCGAAACAUGGUUUGCUCGAAAACGGGAUGAAAAUACAACGAAUGCUUGCUCCACUGUUUUCCCAAAGUGGGAAAGCGGAUAUUACCAUUAAGGCAGCAUAAUCCUAGGAACCUUUUCAUUUCUUCAACACAUCCUGCCAUUGUAGUCGUUUUUUUCGGGUAGAACUGGCUGUUUAUCAAAAAAUUCUCUGGCUCGUCUGUUUCACGGACAAUUAUCUCAAUGAUGGUGUCAUCAAAAAACAGCUGGAAAUAUUGUAAGGCCGAAGUAUUUUCCGGAAUGUAUAUACUUAUAGACUCCUUUGGCGUGAAAGGAAACGUUAUGGGAUCUUCUUCUGUAUCAGUCCACUCAUUAUCAGAAAUGUCUAAGGUCUGGGAUAAUUUCGUUUGUGAAGAGUUUGAAAUACUAAUCACAUUGUCAUCUGCAUCGCUCUGUGAUUCUUGGUCGCUGUUACUAGACGCUGAACUUGAAGAAUCAUGUGGUUCGUAGUUCCUGUCAGCGACAGAAUCAUCACUUGAAAAAGCUUGAUCUUCGGGCAAAUCCGACCAGUUCGACAUAUUUUGUGACUCUUCUAAUUCAGCUACAGUCAACGGACGCUUUGGGUUUCUUUUUUCGACCCACUAAAAAAUACAUAACCUCAAAAUCUUAUAACAAAAAACUAAUAAAUUAAUUUUUAUCUUAUUUUCUCAGUGGAAUCCAUGUUUUGUAACAAAACUGAUAGUUGAAAACAACUUCUACACAGAAAAGACUCAGCAAAACCUUAUUUUGUAAUAACAAAUGCACGUGUUCAACUGAAAACAAAACCAUACUCAGCAAACAAACGGCCACUCAAGUGGCCAUGAGCGCGAUAGACCGAAGAAACCAUACGUGCCACCACUCGUAGCCUAGUUAGUAUCUGUAUUGCAUAAAAAUGAGUUUGAAUUCACGGCCAGUAUAAUGGCCGCGGUUCACAGUAGGAGACCCGAAAGGCCACUAUAGUGGCCGGUGGUAGUGAACGUGUUAAAAAUAAUGCUCCACGGUGUUUCAUUGCUCCCCACUACUGGCUAUAACACCGCGCCCCGCAUAUUCAUUUCACAAAGAAAUCGGUCUCGCAUAACAUGUUUCAUUUUAGGUGGUACUUAAAAUUAAAUUAUGUCUGACAAAAUAUAUUCUGAUAUCAACCAAUUUUCAGUAGAAACAGAAACUAGUAACUGUCCUUAAUAUAUAGUAGGGUUAUAAAAAUGAAACAUAUAUUUAUAAUCUUCUGAAGUUGAUGUAAACACAUCGAAGCAUAGUACUUAACUAAAAUGAAGUUACGGCAUUAAAUUUAACAUUGUGUUCCCUCUUUCCUUACUUAUUUAUAACUAUAGAUCAUAUGCAAAGUCUUAGUUUUAUCUGUUUUACAAAUUUUGAAUUAAAAAUUAAAAAAGCCCACCUUUUUAACACACUAUAUGCCUAUGGUUGGUUCCCCAUUCACAAUCUAAAAUAUGUUUAGCACUGUUUACCCAAUGCGAUAUUUUACCUCUUUUUUAAAAAAUAGCAAUAAUCGAGUUAAUACGUUAAAUUUAAAAUAAUCAUAUCAAUAUACAAAUAAUAUUCAGAAACACACAUUGCUUCGUUGUCACUCUGUAAAAUAAUAUUUUUCUAUUCAAACUAUAUACCAUUCUUCGUGUUACUCAGGUAUACUUUUGUAUUUCACAGUAGACUUACAAAAAAAAAAACUUAUUAGAGCUCUAGAUAUAUCUCGGCCACUGUAGAUAAAUUUCAAACGCAAGUUAAGUUGUGUUGAAUUUAGUAUUUGAAAAGAUAUUUAUGAUUUGGUAUUUAUUUACGGUGGCACCAAAAAAUCAAUUUUUAGAUUGUAAAAAUAUGAUAUAGAGUAUUGUAGAAAAUCCGUAAUUAUGCCUUUAAGAUUUGUGUUUAUAACGGAUAAAUAUAUAUUUUUGAAUCGUAAGCCGAAAUAUUUAAAUUAUGUGAAGUUGUCAGAGCUGAUAUAUUAAUUGGUUCAGUAUUGACGUUUUCAUGGAGAGGCCAUACUUACGUGUUGUAAAUGAUAAUGUAUGCAUUUAUCUUUUCUAGUUUUAAAAAUAUAUUUUUGACAAAAAAAGAAAGAAAGUAUUUAUAGUGUUCUUAAAACGAAAAUAAAUUAUUGUAUAGUGUUAGUAUACCCAGUCACUUCUUCGAAUGAAUAAAUAUGUUAAUGAUGAAGUAAAUGAUGCCAAAUAUUUAAAAUAGAUUUUAAAAAAAAUGUAUUUAUUUUUUACAAUAAAUUUCUUCCAGGCCAGUUAUAUGGCAGCCAGACUUUUUAUGUAUUAUAAUUUCUUUUAGCCACAUUAUUUAUUUAUUUAUUAUCAUUGAACAUUAUUUUUUGUUUAUAUUUUUCUGCUAGAUUUCAUCUUUUUAAACGUUACCUCUCAAAAUUUUAGCCCCGAUAGACUUAAACUGAAGGUGAGGUGCAAUAAAUAUUUCACAGUAUUAUGAAAAUCUAGGAAGCAGAAUAUACACAACAAAUAGUCAACCACUCAUUUGCCCCACGAAAAAUAGUAUUCAUUUUUAAAUAUGUUUUAAUAUUUGAAAAAAAAAAGAACAUUCCAACAAUUUGAUCUAAAAAUCUAAAAAAGUUGGUUACAUGAUGAUAAAUAUUUGAAUAUUUUGAAGCAAGUAAUCAACUUUUAUUAUUUAAAUUUUAUAUUUUUGGUAUAUCAUGUCCAGCAU